UUAGUGUGGACAACAGGUGCACUACAGCCUCUCUCGUCCUCGCUGUCGGAUAAUGCCCGCAGAGCGCCUCUCAUCGCUUUGCGCAUGCAGGGCUUCCUCGUUUGCACUCUGAACAUUUGCACGUUUUUGUAUCCUGAUCACUUCCAGCCACAAAAAUGCCUUUUCCGCCCAUCAGCCUCCAUCAGCGGAUCUCCUCUCCUGGCAGGGAACUAUUCGGGAAAAAGAAAGCCAACGGAGUGCCUCCUCACAAUGAGCUGACCAGCAAAUCCGGCGGAGAGAAAGGGGGGUCCGAGAAGGAGAAGCAGUCAUCUUCUUGGACAUCGGCGAAUUUAAGGAAUUUGGGGCGAAAAGCCCAGCCAGAGAAAAGUAGAGGCUCAGCUCAGAAGGCGGGUGCCGGUCAGGAGACCCAGGGAAAGAGCUCCUGGCUGUCGGUACCCAAACCUCAGGACUUGUCGGAAGGAGUCAGGCGCUCCAGCUCCAUGGACUCCGCCAGACACCUCCACGGCAAAGAGGAAGGGAAGAAGGAGAUUCAGUUUACCCUCAGUCUCACCCCUGAAGCCAUUCUUGUCAUCCAAAAACGCAAUCUAGAAAAGCAGAUGAUGGCAAAGCAGCAGAAGUGUUGCGCUUCCGCGGACUUUCGACACAGGCGAGUUUUUCCAUCCAAAAAGGCGCACGGAGCGUCCAAGGGCUGCGCUCCCACCGCCAAAGUGGAAAGCGCCGAGCAGGACAUUACAGCCAUCGUUAAAAUCUCUCUUUUGAAUGACCAGUAUAAGUACGACGAUGUGGAGUAUGAAGAAGAGGACGGAGAUGUGGACGAGACGGUUGUGAGGAAAUGUAAAGAGUGGCUCAAAGGGGUCGAAAAUGCCGCUGCUUUGGGAAAAGUCGACAAACUUUCAGCACUCCCGCACCUUAAAGGCUGCUGACGCCUGACUUCAUAUUUCAAUUUCUAAACAGCUGACUGACGUGAUGAAGGACUCGUGAAAACCGUGCACCGAUUGGCAAUGUAGGCCUGCUGCAAUGGCAUCUCAAAUCUGACUCCUGUUAAUUAAACGAUUAGGGAAUGAGGGAAUAACAUCCACUCCAGAGGAAUCCCAAUUUGUUUCUGGGUUAUGUACUAAAAUAGAUGUCACACAAAAGUGAAGAAAAUUGAAGAAACAUGAAAAUAGUUGAGUAAAUAGCAAAUGAAUAAUAGGGGCAUUUGACAUCCUCUCGCCUCAACAAAAAUAAGAUGUUAAAGCUUAAUUGCAGCCUGUGGCUCGGCCAACAGGGCUUCUUAUGGCUUUCCGAGUGUAAUGCCUAUUCAAUGUGUUCUUGAAGUUUGAACUGAAUACCUUGAUAUUCUUGUCCUUUGCACAUGGUUUUGUUUUCAGUGAGGCGCCUGUGGAUUGGCAGAGGGGUUUGCGUAAAGGGACGCGAAACCGUUCCUUUGUGUGGAGAACAAUAAGCUGUCAACAACAGGGUUUUAUAUGCGCCUGCUGCUCAAACCAAACGGGACUGUUUAUUUUUCUCUAAGAGGGUUACCUUUUGUAGGGAUUUAUCAGCGAUUUACAGUAUUUAAUAUUUACUAAAUAUUUGUGCUGUCAGACGUUUUCUCAGCUGAUGAUUUUAUGCCAUUUGAAGUAAGUUUUUUUUUUUAAUCUUGCAAGUGUCACUGACCGUUUUAAAUCUUUUCAACGCUGAUUUGUGUUGUGCCUUUUGAAUGAGUCUGUUACAUAAUGCUGAUUUGCAGUCACUUAGAUUUCUUUCACAGUCUGGCCAGUUCCCAGAUUGUAUUUUAAAGGAUUUUUUUGUUGCCACUGUAGCUACCUGAGGCCAUCCAGGCAUUAGUGUCCUAAGCUUCUCAGAUUUCCCUGUUAAGCAGGGCUGACCAGUGUACUGUGGGGCCCAGGUGCAUGAUCCCUUCAGGAAAUUACCUCCAGUCUGCUUUACUUUUGUUAUAACAAACAAAACAAUGUAUGUAGCUACAGGAGAUAAAUAGGGUUGGCAACAAAUAUCUGGGAGUUAAUAUCACCCAAAGUGCCAGAACUAUAUGGUUUGCAGCAAAGGUAUUCCCAGUUUGAACUGACGUCUUAAUCCUGACAUUCCUAUACUCAUGUGGGACUCACUGAACUGUAAGAGCUAUGUUAAUGCUAUAAGUAGUAAUGAACCCUGUGUAGCCUACUCCUGAGAGAGAAACAGCUGGCCAGGGACCAGUUGAGGGCUGCAAAACCAACCAGUAUUUGACUGUUUUUAGCCAAAAAACUGAAUACGAUGAACAAGAUUUAAAGAGAAAUUAGGCUAUGAAGACACUAUUCGCUUCUUUCUUGGUUCUUUUCAGCUGCUUAUGUUUUAUCGAAUUGAACAUUAGCCAGUCAAGUGGAACUUUGAAGGAAACUGCAAUCCAGCCUUGGACACACAUUAAAUCUUCAUGCAGGGUCAUACCAUAUAGGUGUGUUUGUGUGUACAGUGUGUUCCUUACAAUAAGGUUGAACUCUUUUCCAUUGUUCCCUGUAACUUGGUAACCACAGUUUUACACUGAGUGUGUUCCACUUUAAAGCCACACACAAGACAGAGGCGUGCCAGCUUUAAGACAUUAGAGUGUUUGAAAAGCCCACACACCAACAACUGGUAAGCUAUUUUUGAAAAAUGAUUUAUAACCUCAGGUAACAUUGUCAUUUGAUAUUAUUUGGGAAUUUGAUACCAACAUGUCAAUAAUCUUUUCUUUAAAGCGUACCCUCAAUGGUGGAUUGCUAUGAGAGCUAAGUGCAAAAACAUUCUUCAAGCAAGCAAUCUGCCCUCUAUUUUGGAAAAAAAAACCUGUCAGAAAGGUAUUUUAUAUAACCCGUUCAUCACCACUGAGAGUUUCAUAUAUUAUUCCGCUGUUAUCCUGUUAAUUUCCAUCUUAUUCAGGAAUGACAUACAUAAAGUAAUCAGGUGCCAAAUACGUGUCCUGUAUACAUUGUUAUUGUGGUACAGUACAUGACAUUCCAGAUUUCAUGUGAGUAGACAAACAAGCUGCCAGAAUAAAGCAUCAUGUCUGUUCAGAUGUU